GCGUUGGUUUAUAAACAUAUAUCCCUUCGUGGCAUUCUUGCUUCUUAUUUUCGUUCGUAUUUGACAAUUGAACAUGAGUAAUGCUCCUGAAAAAGAUCUGACCAGUCUGGUUCAGCAGUUGGCUACUCCAGACUUGCAAAAUAAAAAUGCAAAAAAACGAGGUAAAUAUUUGCAUAUUGGACAUGCCAAAGCUGCUCUAUUAAAUCAGCACUAUCAAUUGGCUUUUAAUGGCCGUCUUAUAAUGCGUUUUGAUGAUACCAAUCCAGCAAAGGAGAAGGAAGAUUUUGAGAAGGUUAUAUUAGAAGACGUGGAAAUGUUGAAAAUAAAGCCUGAUACUUUUACAUAUACUUCUGAUUAUUUUGAUAAAAUGUUAGAUUUAUGUGAGAAAGGGAUGUUAAAAGAAGGAUUAGCUUAUGAUAAAAAAUCGAAGAAAAAAGAGAAUGUUGCUGUUACCACAUCUAUAAAGUCUGAUAACACCAACACCAAAAAAGUAACAAAAUUAGGGUUGGAAGUACUAAAGUUAUCAGAAAAUCUUGGAGAAUGGUAUUCUCAAGUGUUGGUUAAAGGUGAAAUGAUUGAAUAUUAUGAUGUUAGUGGAUGUUAUGUGCUCAGGCCUUGGGCUUACAGAAUAUGGGAAUUAAUACAAGAGUGGUUCGAUGCACGGAUUAAAAGAAACCCUCUUAAUGUGCGGAAUUGUUAUUUCCCAAUGUUUGUAUCACAAGGAGCAUUAGAAAGAGAGAAAGAACAUAUUGCAGAUUUUGCACCAGAGGUAGCUUGGGUUACCAAAUCUGGUGAUACGGAUUUAGCUGAACCUAUUGCUAUAAGGCCAACUAGUGAAACUGGGAUGUACCCAGCUUUUGCGAAAUGGAUUCAGUCUUAUAGAGACUUGCCGUUGAAACUCAAUCAAUGGAACAGUGUUGUGAGGUGGGAAUUCAAACACCCUCAACCUUUCUUGAGAACUAGAGAGUUUUUGUGGCAAGAAGGUCACAAUGCAUAUGCAACUAGAGAAGAAGCAGAACGUGAUGUAUUAAUAAUAUUAGGUUAUUAUGAGUAUGUUUACAAAAAUAUGCUGGCAGUACCUGUAAUUAAAGGUAAAAAAACUGAAAAAGAAAAAUUUGCUGGAGGAGAAUUUACUACUACUUGUGAAGCAUAUGUAGCAUCCAGCGGUCGAGCAAUUCAAGGUGCCACAUCGCAUUAUCUAGGUACCAAUUUUGCUAAAAUGUUUGAUGUUCAUUUUGAGCAUCCAGACACACAUGAGAAAUCAUUUGUUCAUCAGAUUUCGUUUGGUAUGACAACUAGAACUAUCGGUGUUAUGGUAAUGGUUCAUGGUGAUGACCGUGGGCUUGUUUUACCUCCACGCAUUGCAUCUAUUCAAGUAAUUAUAGUACCAUGUGGUGUAGGUGUUAGUACAGCAAACGAUGUCAGAGAUAAUUUGAUUAGAACUUGUUUAGAUGUAUGUAACCGAUUAAAAGGAGAUAUUGUGUUAGACAAUGAUGAUGAAAAUGACAAUAGCGUUAUUCAACAUCCUAAUUCUACUUUAAUGAUAAGAGCAGAUACUGAUUUGCGAGAUAAUUAUUCACCUGGGUGGAAGUUCAACCACUGGGAGUUGAAGGGGGUUCCAUUGAGGUUAGAAAUUGGACCAAAAGAUUUGGAUCGAAACCAAAUGGUAGCUGUGCGGCGAGAUAAUGGAGAGAAAAUAACUAUCCCCUUAGAGGGACGUACAAAMAGUAAUGAUGGAAAAGACAAGAUGGUUGUAAGAAUAACAAAGUUAUUGAAUCAAAUACAACAAGAUAUGUACGCUAAAGCAGAACAAGAAAUGAAAGAAAAUGUUGUGAUAUGUCGUAAAUGGUCCGAAUGUGGUGCACAUUUAGCAGUGAAACGUUUACUAAUGAUACCGUUUUGUGGACGUCCAAUUUGCGAAGAUAACAUCAAACGGGAUACUACAUUGGAGGACGGUACUGCAGAAGUGGGAGCUUCGACAAUGGGAGCAAAAUCGUUAUGUGUGCCAUUUGAACAGCCCAAGGGAGCAGAAGUAUUAAAAUCCAAUGAUCAAUGUAUACACCCAGAAUGUGGACAUAUAGCAGGGUCGUUUACCUUAUUUGGCCGCAGUUAUUAAAUUCAAAUGUUCACUAAAUGAAACUGAAAAUGU